AAAUAAUCAUGUUCAUCUCUCUCAUUUUCCUGUAAUCCCUCUUCCCCAAAUCACCCACUCUGCGAAUCACUCUCUUAUUCCUCUGCAAUAUUUCCAUUUCCAUUAAAUUUCGUCUGAACAAUUGAUUAUUCUGUUUUUUCAAACACAAGAACAAGUCCACUCUGUACAACAACCGCAUUCACCCUUUAUGUAUAUAUUAUCAUCAUCAUCCUGUUUCUAUUUCCACUGAUCAAAUUUUCAUAACAACAACAACAGCUCACACCCACAAACCCAAUUCAUCAUUUUCCACAAUAAUGCCACAAAUUUUGGGUUUUCUCACGGCGGUUUCGCCGAUCUGGGACUGCUUGUAAUGACUUUUUUCCAAUUUAUUUCAUGGAGUUCAAGAUUUGUUUUACAGAUAUUAUUAAUUACAGAUGCAUUGUUUUCUCCAGAAGAAAAUGGUGGACUGAGCUGCUAAUUCUUCAGAUGCUUUUAGUAUUAGUAUUUUUCGACAUCAGUCAAGCGAAAUUUGGGGAUAGUCAGUUACGAUCGCGAAGACUGGAAAACAGUGGUGAAAAUAUUCAGUCGCAUUCGUGCAUUCAUGAUCAAAUAAUUGAACAAAGAAGAAAGAGACCUGGAAACAAGGUGUUUUCGGUUACGCCACAGGUUUAUCAUACUUCUGGUCAUCUUCACCGUAAGGGAAGAGAGUUAUUAGACGCUUCUACGUCUUCUGGUUUUUUAAAGAAUGCAAAGUUACCCAUAAGAAUUUAUUUGAAUUAUGAUGCGGUGGGUCACUCACCCGAUAGGGAUUGUAGGAAUGUUGGAGAUAUAGUUAAGCUAGGUGAGCCUCCGGUUGGUUCUGAUUUGGGUAGGCCUACGUGUAAUCCUCACAACGAUCCUCCGAUUUUUGGUGACUGUUGGUAUAACUGCACGUCGGAUGAUGUAACCGGAGAUGACAAAAGGCAUCGGCUUCAUAAGGCUUUAGGGCAGACAGCUGAAUGGUUUAAACGAGCUUUGGCUGUUGAACGUGUAAGAGGAAACCUAAGGUUAAGUGGUUACUCCGCUUGUGGACAAGAUGGCGGUGUACAACUUCCCCGUGAAUACGUUGAAGAGGGCGUUGCUGAUGCUGAUUUAGUUCUUUUGGUGACAACGAGGCCCACAACAGGCAAUACCUUGGCAUGGGCCGUAGCAUGUGAACGUGAUCAAUGGGGUCGUGCAAUUGCCGGACAUGUGAAUGUGGCGCCACGUCACUUGACAGCGGAAGCAGAAACGUUACUUUCGGCCACCCUUAUACACGAAGUGAUUCAUGUUCUUGGAUUUGACCCGCAUGCCUUCACACAUUUUAGAGACGAGAGAAAAAGACGACGUAGUCAGGUCACUAAAGAAACCAUGGAUGAAAAGCUCGGGAGGGUGGUGACGCGGGUAGUUCUUCCACGUGUUAUCAUGCAUUCACGCAAUCAUUACGGGGCGUUUUCUGAGAAUUUCACCGGUUUAGAAUUAGAAGACGGUGGAGGACGUGGAACAUCAGGAUCUCACUGGGAGAAGAGACUUUUGAUGAAUGAAAUAAUGACGGGUUCGGUUGAUACACGGUCUGUAAUUUCAAAAAUGACACUAGCUUUAUUAGAAGAUAGCGGUUGGUAUGAAGCUAAUUACAGCAUGGCCGACCGUCUUGAUUGGGGCCUAAGUCAAGGGACCGAAUUUGUCACCAACCGUUGUAAUUUAUGGAAAGGUGCAUAUCAUUGCAAUACAACACAGUUUUCAGGGUGUACAUAUAAUCGCGAGGCCGAGGGUUAUUGUCCAAUUGUACAUUAUAGUGGGGACCUUCCUCAGUGGGCCCGUUAUUUUCCGCAGCCUAAUAAAGGUGGACAAUCGACGUUGGCUGAUUAUUGCACCUAUUUUGUAGCGUAUUCUGACGGCUCAUGUGUAGACACGAACAGUGCACGGAUGCCUGACAGAAUGUUAGGGGAAGUUCGUGGAAGUAGCUCGAGGUGUAUGGCCUCUUCGUUAGUACGUAACGGGUUCGUUCGGGGUUCUAUGACCCAAGGAAAUGGUUGUUACCAACAUAGGUGCAUCAACAUGACUUUGGAGGUUGCUGUUGAUGGCAUUUGGAAAGCUUGCCCAGAAGUUGGUGGACCCGUUCAAUUUCCUGGGUUUAACGGUGAGCUGAUUUGCCCGCCGUAUCAUGAACUUUGUGGUGCGAACCCUGUUCUCACGUCCAGUCAGUGCCCCAACUCAUGCAAUUCAAACGGCGAUUGUAUCGAUAGAAAGUGUGUUUGCUUUCUUGGAUUUGACGGCCAUGAUUGUAGCAAACGGUCGUGCCCUAGUAACUGUAACGGACAUGGAAAGUGCCUUAAGAACGGUAUUUGCGAAUGUAAAGACGGGUUCACUGGGAUUGACUGCUCAACUGCGGUUUGUGAUGAACAAUGCAGCCUUCACGGUGGGGUGUGUGAUAACGGGGUGUGUGAAUUUCGCUGCUCUGACUACGCGGGCUACACCUGUCGAAACAGUUCCUUGGUUCUUAACAACCUUUCAAUCUGCAAAGACGUUUUAAUUAAUGACGGUGGCGGGCAACAUUGCGCACCAAGUGAAUCAAGCAUCUUGAGGCAGGUGGAGGAUGUCGUGGUGAUGCCUAAUUAUCACCGCUUGUACCCGAACGGUGCUAGAAAGAUUCUUAACAUGUUUAUCGGCAGAAACUGUGAUAAAGCCGCUAGACGACUUGCAUGUUGGAUAUCGAUACAGAAGUGUGAGAAAGACGGUAACAACAGAUUAAGAGUGUGUCAUUCAGCAUGCCAAGCGUAUAAUCUGGCUUGCGGUGCAUCACUAGAUUGCUCAGACCAAACGCUUUUCAGUGACAGCGGUCUAUGCACGGGUUCCGGUGAGAUGGAAUCAUGGUUUUGAAGCUUCGACAACUGUAAAUUAUAGAACAGCCUUUUUGUCAUCGAGUUCAAGUUUUCGUGGUGUAAUAUUCUUGGUUUAUUGUAAAGGAUAAGCGGCAUACGCUGCUCUUGUAUUCACGGAGACUUUACGCCAUGUAAUUUGUUCAAGAAAAUAACCCGAAAAAGAAAG